GUUGGAAGUAAAAACAACUCGAGUUUCGAAUUUCGAUUGUAAAGAAAGAGACGAAGAAAAUGUGCGGGAUAGCUUUGAUUAUCUCCGGUGUGAGAAUCGAUUUGUCUCUUUUGCUUUCUGAUUACAGACCUCCUCCCGAGACUCACGAGGUGGACCAGCCAGAGUUAUCAGUGGAUGAUCUUAAAGCAGCUCUCCUUAGAAGGGGUCCUGAUAACCUAGGAUGCAAGAAAAUUUUCCUUCAGUUAAAGAGUUCAAGUUCAGUUGAAGAACUGGCACUCCUGUCUCACCUUGAUGUAGAAAAGGUAAUCAAGAGGGAGAGGUCCUGUUUGUACUUCUCUGAGAUGAACAAUGUUCACAUCGUUUCGGAAAAUGAAGUGUCUUGGACACAACACAGUCAUUGUACUGCAACAAAAUCUGUGGCUGAACUUCACUUCCUUGACAAUCAUUGUACUGCAACAAAUUCUGUGGCUGAACUUCACUUCCUUGGUGCAACAUUGCAACUCAGGGGAAUUAAUCCAGUUUUUCAACCUUUGGUAGAUACUUCCUGCAAUGUCCUUGUUUAUAAUGGUGAAAUAUUCGGUGGAAUUGAGGUUGGUAGUGAUAGCAAUGAUUCUGAAAUUCUUAUGGAUACUCUUGGAAGGUGCUGCUCCUGUGGUUUCCAUGCAAGUGAAAGAAAAUGCUGUUCCGCUGGAAGAGCGCUUAGUUCUGUGCCAGAACUCCUUUCAACAAUUAAGGGGCCGUGGGCGUUAAUCUAUUGGCAGGAUAGUUCAAAAACCUUGUGGUUUGGUCGAGAUGCAUUUGGGAGGCGAAGCUUACUUGUUCACUGGCCAACUUUGGAUGAUUUUCGCCUUUUGCUAUCUUCUGUGUCACCACUAUCAUUUAUCAAGAAUGAUACUGAUUGUGGCCUCAAUUUCUGGGAAGAGCUUCCAUGUGGGAUAUACAGCAUCUGCUUUGAUGCUUCAAAAGCCAGUGGAUUUCUGAUUGGCACUGCCAGAAAACAUGAAUGGACUGAUCCUGGGCUAGAGGAACUGAUUAAAUGGGAUCGAGCUUUUGUAAAACCCCAGGAUGAGGAAUUAAAAUUCUUCAACCUUGCAGUUAUAAAGGAUCGAAGACUCAUGAAUUCAACUUCCUUGGACGGGAUGCCCUCUGAAUUAUGUUCUCGUCAUGUUAUAGAGCAAGCAAAACUUAAUGCAGGGGUUAUUCAACAUUCAGUUUCAUUGCCCGUGUUUAAGGUGCUUAAUGCUCUGAAAGAAUCUGUGAUGCGACGAACUGCUCAGAACAGAAUCUUUCAGAGAACUAUUCCAGAAAUCAGAGAAGAAAAUCUUGCUCAGGUGGCGGUUCUUUUUUCUGGUGGAUUGGACUCUAUGAUACUAGCAGCUUUGUUGGACAAGUGUGUUGAUCCCAUCUAUAAAAUUGAUCUGCUUAAUGUAAGUUUUGAUGGCGAGUCUGCUCCAGAUAGAAUAUCUGCAAGGGCAGGACUAAAGGAACUUCAAAGAAUUGCUCCUCUGAGAAGGUGGAACCUUGUGGAGAUUGAUGCAGAUUUAUCAGAUUUGAGCUCAGAAAUCAAGUGUGUCAUGUCACUUAUAAGUCCAGCGAAUACCUACAUGGAUCUGAACAUUGGGAUAGCAUUAUGGCUGGCAGCUGGUGGUGAUGGUUGGGUUUCGAGUAUUCAUGAAGAGGAUAAUCGUCGCAUUAAGUACAAGUCUGAAGCCAAAAUUCUUCUUGUUGGUUCUGGUGCUGAUGAACAAUGUGCUGGCUAUGGCAGGCAUAAGACAAAAUACAGGCUGAGAGGUUGGCUUGGGCUGCAUGAGGAAAUGAGACUGGAUAUGCAGAGAAUUUGGAAACGAAAUCUAGGGAGAGAUGACAGAUGUAUUUCUGAUAAUGGCAAGGAGGCUAGGUUUCCAUUCUUAGAUGAAGAUGUUAUCAGGACUUUACUGGAUAUGCCCUUAUGGGAGGUUGCCGAACUAGAUCAACCAAUGGGUAGAGGAGACAAGAAAAUUUUAAGAGAGGUUGCAUUGUUGUUGGGUUUAGAAGAAGUUUCAAGUCUUCCAAAGAGAGCAAUCCAGUUUGGUUCGAGAAUAGCAAGGGAAUCAAACAGGAAGAAUUUUGGAAGCAAUCGUGCAGCAAACCAGGCAUCUGCAGGAAGUGAAGUUAUCCACAUGCGAACAGGGGCAACUUGACAUAUUUGUCUUGACACACUGUUUAGUUGGCCCCAUUUUUAGUAAAGCCAGGGCCUUGAUCUGCAAAAUUCUUUUCCCACAUCCUACGAAGAGAGAAAACAGAAGACAAUGUGAGCAUUGGUUACAGGUUGAUGUUGGCCCUUGCUUCAUGGUUUCUUCCUCACUGAAGAAUGGAUUGGAGGGUAUGUAGGAAAUGAAUUUUCCCUGCAUCAUUUAUAUGAUGAGACGACCCUGUAAGAAUGAAAAUGGCAACCUCAAUUUGAAUUGUUCUUUCAAGAGGAGGGAAGACCAAUGGGGUACAGGCCAUAUUGGUCAAACCCAUCAAAGUUGUUGGGGGCGUGGGAGCCAAGUCAUUGGUGAUUUAGACUCAUUUUGGUUCCUUGUUUGCAUAAAUGUUUGUAACAUUCCAAACUUCCAUAUAUUGCAUGUCUCUACGCCCAGACACAGGCGGGUGUGAAAAGACUGCUCCCCUCACCCCCACAAACCCCCGCGCGACCUAGUUCAUUUGGACCAAUUGUGGUUUUAAUUUUCCUUUUCAUAUGUCUUAUUUAUUCAAUUUAUUAGUAACAUUCAUAUGGCAGUGAUUGUCACAGAAUGAGGUUCUAAUGAUGUAUGCCUAAACAUUCUGCUGUUGGAAGAUGUGAGAAUGGUGGGGAAGGGUUCAGACAAUACUGUUGUCCAAACAUAUGGAUAUUUAGAAAUAAUCUCUGAGUUUGAAGU